AUGAAAGGAAUCGCCGAAUCCACCUUUCAACACAUUUCCCUGCCCGAGAUGGACUCCCAGACUCGCCCGCUGCUCCCCGUCGAGAAAGCCACUCGGCCCUUCUGGCGCACGGAGUUGCACGAACUGGACGAGUUGCGGACAACGCCGGAUCUGCCUGAACAGAGCGAGAUUGUGAUUGUCGGGGCUGGUUACGCGGGCGUUACCCUGGCGUACUACCUCUCCAAGCUGUUGAGCGAGCACAACCAGUCGUAUCCAGCCAUCACCAUCCUCGAGGCCCGGCAGAUAUGCGCCGGCGCAACGGGUCGAAACGGCGGUCAUCUACGACCGGACCUGUAUGGACACAUCCCGACGCAUCUGAAGCGACAUGGAGCGGAGGCUGCGGCUGAGGUCGCCAACUUCGAAGUCGACCACGUCAAAGCGUUGAAGGAUCUCUUGGCCGAAGAGAACAUUGAUUGCGACUUGAACAUCACUCGGAAUAUGAAUGUCUACUCGACCGAGGCCGCGGGGACGAAGGCGAAAAGUACCGUUGAUCUUCUCGCGUCCCACGGGCUGAACUUUGUCGAUGAUGUCCAUUACACGUCGGAGAAGAACGCCGAAGGGGUCUCUGGCGUCAAAGGUGCUAAGGCUUGUCUUUCCUACACGGCGGGCGCGCUGUGGCCGUACAAGUUCAUUCUGGGAUUGCUGUCUAAGAUCGCUGAUUCUCCGGCUCUCAACGUGCAAGCGCACACGCCCGUGACCUCUGUAGAGCCAGACGGUUCCGGACAUGUUGUGCGCACCCCGCGAGGAUCGAUUCGCGCCGGCAAAGUGGUCUACACCUCCAACGCGUACACGGCCGGCUUGCUGCCGGAAUACUCGGCCAGCAUCAUCCCGUGUCGCGGGAUCUGCUGCCACAUCGCGCUUCCAGAGGGCAAAGAGGCGCCGUUCCUCCCCUAUUCGUAUGUUCUAAAUACCGUCGACGGGGGGUUCGAUAGCUACCUUACCACUCGACCGGACGGAAGCAUCGUCGUCGGAGGUGCUGGACACACCUUUCAGCAUGACAAAUCGGAAUGGUACAACGUAAUCGAUGACAGUACGCUCAUCGAGCCGACCAAAAACUACUACGACGGUUAUAUGCAGCGGACCUUCAGAGGAUGGCAGAACAGCGGGGCCUACGUGAAGGAGAUUUGGACAGGGAUUAUGGGGUACUCCGUCGACAGCUGCCCUCACGUUGGCGAGGUCCCCGGUCGCCAGGGACAGUAUAUCUGCGCCGGGUUCAACGGACAUGGCAUGCCGGUGGUGCUGCUGUCGGCCAAGCGACUGGCCGAGAUAAUUCAGACAGGGAAAAGCUACGAGGAGGUUCGACUUCCUCGGCUGUUUAAGACGACCGCGGAGCGACUGCAGAAGGCACGAGAGGGACCGGAGGGAGGGGAUAUCUUUCAUCCUCCGCAUUGA